CCUCCCCGCCGGCGGAGAGCCGCACAGAGGUGGAGCGGACGGCCCGGCGCCCGCGCGGAGGCGAGCGGGCCAGGCCCGGCCGGCGGCCGUCGCCAUGAGUGGUUCGUCGGGCACCCCGUACCUGGGCAGCAAGAUCAGCCUCAUCUCCAAGGCGCAGAUCCGUUACGAGGGCAUCCUCUACACCAUAGACACCGACAACUCCACCGUGGCGCUCGCCAAAGUGAGGUCCUUCGGUACUGAAGACCGUCCCACAGAUAGGCCUGCCCCUCCCAGAGAGGAAAUCUAUGAGUACAUCAUUUUCCGGGGAAGCGAUAUCAAAGACAUCACAGUGUGUGAACCUCCAAAAGCUCAGCACUCUCUCCCUCAGGACCCUGCCAUCGUCCAAUCUUCCCUGGGCUCGGGCUCCUCCUUCCAGCCGCACGUGCCUUACAGCCCCUUCAGAGGGAUGCCGCCCUACAGCCAACUGGCCGCCAGCUCCCUGCUCAGUCAGCAGUAUGCAGCUUCCUUGGGUCUAGAGAAGCUGGUAAGCCCUCCAGCCUCAGCCGCAGCCUCCAGCCCUAGCUCCUCUCCAUCUCCACAGCCCGUGUCAGAGCCUGACAUGUCCUCAGAGCCACACCAGCUCACUUCCAAGGGAGCUGGUUUUCCAUCCAUCCCAGUUGGCAAGAGCCCCAUGGUGGAGCAGGCUGUCCAGACUGGUUCUCUUGAUAACCUGAACGCCAAAAAGCUGUUACCUGGCGGCAAGGGCACUGUGGGGGUGCAGCUCAACGGGCGCCCUGCCCCGCCAAGCAGCAAGAGUGCCAGCGAUGUAGUUCAGCCAGCCGCUGUGCAAACGCCAGGGCAGGUGAACGACGAGAACAGGAGGCCCCAGAGGAGGAGAUCAGGGAACAGACGAACAAGGAAUCGCUCUAGAGGGCAGAGCCGCCCAACCAACAUCAAGGAGAACACAAUCAAGUUUGAGGGGGACUUUGACUUUGAGAGUGCAAACGCCCAGUUCAACCGCGAGGAACUGGACAAGGAGUUCAAGAAGAAACUGAACUUUAAAGUUCCAGGCGGACCACGUGGGCUGAGGAGAGGAAGCUCAACACGGAGACCUUUGGGGUGUCAGGAAGGUUUCUUCGUGGCCGUGGAUUCCGAGGCGGACUGCGGGGGGGCAGGGGCAGUGGCACCACCCGGCGCAACCCGACUUCCCACAGAGCCGGGACUGGCAGGGUGUGAAGAGCAGCCGGAGGCUCCUGCAGAGGCAGCGGCAGAAACGAAGUCGAGUGAGGACGCUGCACUUACUGGACAGACAGGCGUUGGGUCACCGUUUAUUACUUUUGUUUUGACGUCAUGGAACUUGGACAUGGUCCGAGUUAGAACUGCUCAUGUUCGGGGAGUGUUUAAGGGUGACCUCUCUGAGGUCUCUGGGUCUUUCCUCUUCAGUUAUGCACAGUCUACCUAAGGUUUUGGUGUUUUGCAAAAAGUUUUCUAGAGCGAAAGCUUGAUCUUCACUUUGAAAAAAAAAAUUUUGGGGGACAACUUUGACUUUUAAAGUGGACCGUGUGGCAGCCAGGCACAGCUCUGUCACCCAGCUGGCGCUCAUGCUGCUGGCCUGGUACCCCCACUGCCACUGGUGGGCCUCAGGAGCAAGGCAGGGCCAGCCCAGGGGGUGUGGGGUCGGGUGGGCCCCAGCAGGGAAAGUGGAGUUCCCGCAGAUCAUGUGUGAGCAGACAGACCACCUGAUGUCCAGGGUGGUGGUGUCGAGGUUUGGACUGGCAGGCUGGCACUCUUGGAGGCACAGAAGGGGCCUGAACAUGAGCUGGGAGCUGUUACUCAGAGCCUGGCUUCCAUAGGAAUGAGGAUUGGGGUGGCAUACCCAUCCUUUCUGUCCUGCCAGUCAGUGUUGGACUCAGACCACUGUUCAAGUCUCAUCCACUUGGAAAUGAGCCAGUCUUUUUUGCAAGCUCGGCUGACAGAGCUCCGAGUUGUAAAUAGUUGUGUUUGUUUUGUAGGUGGGUGGAGGGAGGUGGGAUGUAAACUGUUGCAUGAGUAAAUGGGUCACCUUAGUACAAGCAUGCUCCCCCCUGAAGACAGGGCAUCUUGGUGAACAUAAGCACCUUGGUAACUAAAUCCCUAGACAGCUAUAAAGAUUUUGGUUCUGUAUUAAGUUACUGUAAAAGCUUGGUUUAUUUUUGUAGGACUUAAUGGCUAAGAAUUAGAAUGUAGCAGUGGGGCUGCUCUGUUGGAGUAAUGUAUAUUGUAAUUAAAAUAAACACGCAAACUUUAAAAUCUUC